AUGCCUUCCGAAGAAACCAAGGAGCGAAUCAUCCGCGCCGUCGAGCUAGGCCGCACCGUGCUGCACUACGGCUGGAUACCAUUCAUCAUCUAUGUGGGAUACACGCGGAGUAACCCGCAACCCUCACUCAUCAAACUGAUGAGCCCGCUGGCAUAA